UUUCUCUGUUAAAUAUCUGUAUUCUUGCUAGAAAUCAGCUCUACCUCACCCACAUGACUGCUGUUCACUAUUAAUCUCAGCUGAUGGCAGGGAGGGGCUCUAGUGGGAGGCAGCCAUGUGGUGAACAUUGAGCUCAGUGUUUUCCCCCUGCUUCUCUCCUCUCCAGACAGGCAAAAUUGUUCUGUGCUGCCGUAGAUGUGAAGUCCUCUCCGUGCUGCUUCUCCCCCAGAAACUCCCGGGGCCUUGAAUUUGCAGCCCCAAAAAAUAUAAAGAAAUCCAUCGGGCUGGAUCUGGGUGGAAGACGGAGCAGGGGAUGAAUAGCAGGAGGGAAGAAAGAGUGAAGUUGGUGAUUUUUCUGGCACAUGGAUGCAAUUACACCCAGUGCAUUCCAGAGGCACUCCUUUGAACCCCGAGCAGGUCUGCCUGCUGUCCUUGGGAGAGAGGAAGAGAAAGGGAGGACGAGUCCCUCUUGCUGGGAGACGGAAUGUCUGCAUUUUCAAUCCUCUUCUUAGCUUCCUGCUCUGUUUGGCUCUGCGAGGCUCAGACUGAGUUCAAGAGGGUGGCAGAAGAAAACGUGACCCUGCCCUGCCACCACCGCCUGGGGCUGCUGGAGCAGGGCAGCCUGGACAUCGAGUGGCUGCUGCACAUCUCUGAGACCGUGCAGAAAGCGGUGAUCACCUACUCUGGGGGCCGUGUUUAUGAUGACCUGAACGAGGAGCAGAAGGGCCGUGUCUCCUUCACCUCCAACUUCCUCGCUGGAGAUGCAUCCCUGCAAAUCAUCUCCCUGCAGUCCAGCGAUGCAGGGAAAUACAUCUGCAAGGUCAAGAACGCCGGCCAGUACGAGUGGGCUCGCAUCACCCUCAAGGUCGUGGAGAAACCCUCCAAGCCCAAGUGCUGGCUGGAGGGGGAGAUGCUGGAGGGGAAGGAGCUGUCCCUGCAGUGCCGCUCCGCCUCGGGCACUGCCCCCAUCUCCUACCGCUGGCAGCGCCUCAGCGAGCAGGACGAGAGAGCCGAGCACCUCCCGCCCAACUCCAGAGUCAACAUCUCGAACCCCGGGCAGGUGCUGCUGAAGAACCUGACGCAGGUGAGCACGGGGCUCUACCGGUGCGUGGCCACCAACGAGGCGGGGCAGGAGAGCUGCGUGCUGCGGGUGACAGUGCAGCAUGCCCAAAACAUCAGCAUGAUCGCCGGGGCAGUGUGUGGAGUGGUGGUGGGGCUCUCCCUCCUCCUCCUGGUGGUGAGGCUGACCAUAAGGAGGAAAGAAAAGAAGAGAUACGAGGAAGAGGAGGCUCCCAACGAAAUCAGGGAAGAUGCCGAGGCACCCAAGGCGCAUCUCGUCAAACCCAGCUCCUCCUCCUCGGGCUCCCGCAGCUCCCGCUCGGGUUCCUCCUCCACCAGAUCCACCGCCAACAGUGCCUCCCGCAGCCAGCGGACUUUGUCCACCGAAGCCACUCCCCACCUGACCCCUCCCCAGUACAGCCAGCGGCAGCUGGACAGGAAGGAAGAACCCAAAAAAGUCGAUUACAACCAGCUGGCGAAGGUGGCAGUGCCAGCCGUGAUGGUGCCCGCGCAGAGCCGCGCCUUCCAGACCGUCUGAGCAUCCCCGGAGCGGCCCCUGCCCCGCAGCGCCACUCGUCACAGCACCGGGGAAACGCCAAAAAUUGUCACAGCACCGGGGAAAUGCCAAAAAUUGUCACAGCACCGGGGAAAUGCCAAAAAUUGUCACAGCACCGGCCACUCAGCAGCGCUAGGCUAGCUAGAUCUCCUCCUGGUCAGCUUCACCGAAAUCACUCGGGAUUAUUCUCACCUCCCCCCCGCUCCUUUCUGAACUCACUGAGCUUCAGACCCUUCUGAUUCUCAUACAGAUUUAAGAAAGAUUUAUUGGAGGGGAAAAGGAGCUUCUUUGCAAAUUAUCUUUUUUUUUUUUCCCUGGUUCUUUCCCUUUGAAGAUGGACCACUGAGCAUUAAAACCCCACGGCAGCAAAGCUGUGCUGUCGAGUGAAACUGUGUGAGUGAAAAGAAGCCAAACCUCAGGAUUUUUUAAAAAGGGAUCAACAGAGACUUAAAGAUGCAUAAUAUUCCAGAGAGGUUCUGUGGGGAGGGAGAAGUCUCCCAGGCUGGUUUAGGAGAAGUUUCUCGAAGAUGUGUUGUCUUAAGUGAAGAUUUUGAGGCUGAGGGUGUCCAGCCUCAAAGGGAACUGACGGGUGCUUCACAUUUCCUGCAUUCAGUGAAAUACUGGAGGCUGUAACUAAAGUGGAAAUUAAAGGAUCACUCCCAAAGGACAAGAAAUGCAGCAUUGAGGUGUCUGAACUAAACUCUACUGAAGAGAAAGGACUUUUUCUGACAAGAAAACAGAGGUGCUUUAAUUGCCAGAAUAAACUUCGGGCCUGGAGCCUGACUCUGCUCCCACGGGCACACUGCGGGGCCAGGGGAGCCCCACGGGAGGGGUGCCCGUGGCCACUGAGCCUUAGAGAGAGGAGAACUGGGCCCAGAACCCAGCAGGGAGGCACUGCCCGGAUGGGGAGGGCCACCAAGGUACCAAAAACCUGGCUGGAGCACUGGGAAGAGCUCUCAGUCACUGCCAGCUGGAGAACUGAGCAGGUCUGGGGGGAGCUGUGCUGGGGGAGCUGUGCUGGAGAAGCCUUCUGGAAAGUUCUUCCCCAGACUGAGCGACCCCAGGGAAGGCCUGAAGGGAUCCCUGGCAGAGGAAAACACACCUGGGACAGGUAAACAAGCACAAAACGCUGCUCCCACCCUGGGCCAUGUGCCAGGGCUGAGGCUCAAACCUUUAGCAAGACUCUGAAAAAAAAUUGCAAGAAUUGUAAAAAAUAUUUUUUGUGAGCAACCAGGUUAAGCAUUUCCACGGAAUAUGAAGUUAGGGGAGGAUGGGAGGUAGGGACAGAUGCAGAAUUCUGUCACGGAAUUUUCCUCUGAAGGACUUGGCUCUGACCACUGCUACACACAAGACACUGAGCUUGUAGGUUCCAGACUCCUGUACCCCUAGACUGGUGAUUUUCUGGUUCAAAAAUGAGAGUGUUGGGGGUUUUUCCCCACUGGAGGGAGGGAAAGGGUUUCUCCAAUUUGUGGAAAGAGCCUACAGAAGAUGGAUGAGCACAGAAGAACCACAGAUCUAGAAUUCUUUCACUCCAGGAUUGUCAUUAAUCUCCUUUUCUGACUGAAACCCAGAAUUUAUCAUUUCUAUACUUGAGAUCUUUGACAACCUGAUCAAAGCCAAGCCCUGACUGGGCUACUUCCAGAUGAGAAAGAUUUUCCAAACUUGCCCUAGACUAUGUGAGAACUUCCCUUCCUAGGAGCAGUCACUCACAAUUCCACUUUCUCUACCCCAGACUUAACCCUUGGCAGGACAAACUCCUGACGCUGUGCAGGGAAAACAAUCCCAGUUUUAAGGAGGGAGACCUGCUGUGAGGUGUUUGACAAGCUGCUCCUCCCCGGGCAGCUGCUGGGGGUGGAUUCUCUGCCACUCCACCCUGGAUGCUGCAGGAUCCACCCUGGAUCAGCUGAGGGGAAGCAGCAGCUCUGGGGGUCUGGGAUCCCUCUGCAGCUGGUUUGACCCUGAGCCCUGAAGGUUCAGGUGCUCCAAAGCACUCCUGAGCCACUCCAGAGCAGGGGAAACUCCAAAAGCAGGCACAGGAUGGUGGAAGCAGCCUCUGGGUGCUCCCUAUGCUGCACCUGAGGGAUGGUUUCUCCUCCAGCCAGGAUUUAUGAGCUCUCAGAGAACUUAUCACACCUGAGAGAGCCCCUACAGCUACCCCAAAUGGCAUCACAUCAGCAGGACGGCUUCUGAGGUAGGGAUGGAAACAGAAAAAGUUUAAUCAAAGACAAAAUAACAAAGCUGUUACAGAGAAAAACCGAGCCAAGGGCAAGAGGUGGGCAAAACACCCCACAAAAGGGAUGAUUUCCUUUGUUCUCCUCUUUUUCCAGGGAAUUACCUAGGCCAGACCUCUCAGCCUCUGCCCACUCAGACAGCCCCAGGUCUGAGGUGAAGUCCCAAAGCUCCUGUGAGGUCUUUGUACCAAAUUGGGAGGGGAACUUCUGGGCUUUUUGCCCUUUUAAGCAGAGAAUAAUUCAGUCACUCUGUCAACAGAGGGAACGUUCCUCCACCUGAGGAUCCUCACCCUGAGCACAGAGACCCAGGAGGGCUUCCCUGGCUGCUUCCCUGGCUGCUCUCCUGCUUCCCUGGCUGCUUCCCUGGCUGCUUUCCUGCUUCCCUGGCUGCUUUCCUGCUUCCCUGGCUGCUUCCCUGGCUGCUUCCCUGGCUGCUUCCCUGGCUGCUUCCCUGGCUGCUUUCCUGCUUCCCUGGCUGCUCUCCUGAGCCUCAGGAGCUCCUCACCACAAACCCAGCCUGACAGCCCCAGCAGCUGAGCUGGCCACAGCCUGGGAGCCAGAGGGGCAGCUCUGAUCCCAGCCCAGGCUGGUAAUUAGCAGAGAGGAGCCUCUGCAGCCUGCAGGGAGGAGAAUUUGCCCUGGCAGGAUUUCCUGGAGCCCUUGGGCAGCCCUGGCAACCUCAGCUCGUGCUGGGAGCUCUGCUGGCAGGGGCUGAGAGCUCUGGGGGCUUGGGGAGGGGCAGGGGCUGGAUCCUGCUCUGGGGGAUCCAUCCUGGCUGCUCCAAGCCCUGUUGGCUCUGAAUUCCCAGGCCCUGAGAUGGAUGAGAGUCUUUAAAUUGCUUUUUCAAAUAAUUUUCCUUCACUGUUUGAAUCCCUUCUAAACGAGGGCUAGCAACCCUCCUUGGGAUGCUCAGGCUAUUUCUGUUCUUUUUAGAGGAGAAAAUAUUUUGUGUGAAAGGUUAACACAAAAUGCCCUUAAAUCUACUCUUGCCCCCAGAACUACUAUUCCUUUACUAUUUGCUUUGCUUUUUAACUGUCCCACGGGGUUUGGAGGGAUGCAGGAGCUGCCCAGGUGUCUGCUUCAGCCCAUCAGUGACUCCCAGGGAAGGGAAAAGUUCUUCACCAAAGGGAGCAGGAGAAAGGGAUCAUUCCAAAGGUAUUUAUUGUCCAAGCUCCAGCCCACCAGGAGUUGCACAAGGGAAGCAAAUAAGCCAAACCUUGUUUUGUAAAAUAGUGUAUUAAAGCAUUUACUGUCAUAUACCAGCUAUUAAUUCAUUGUGUGAUUAACUGCCUACCAUGUUAAGUAGCUUUUUGUUUCUCAGCAGCUGAACUAAGCUUCCAUCUCUGCUGCCUGCUAUGAUUGGUGUACUUGUACUGUGUCUGAACAACUCAGAGGAAAGCAAAUAUUUAUUAUUGAUUCCUUUGAAUCAAUGAUUUAAUAAUUUUUUUUUGGUUGGUUGUUUUAUAAAUAAAGGUGCUGCAGCUGAAGUGCUGCAGCUCAACUCAA